UUUUUUCUCUUUACAUCUGACAGACCGCAUGGACGUGUUGAGUUUGCGCGGGACCCUGAAGGGGCAUGGAGGUAGUGUUACGGCGAUCAGUUCGACGCCUGAGGCACCUGAUAUUGUUUUAUCUAGUUCCCGAGAUAAGAGCAUCAUGGUUUGGAAGCUAAUGCAAAACGAACUAGAGUAUGGGUACCCACUACGGGCGUUAAGAGGACAUAACCAUUACGUACAAGAUGUUGUUAUCUCUACCGAUGGACAAUAUGCCCUGUCUUCUUCCUGGGAUUCGACGCUCAGACUCUGGGAUUUAACCACAGGAAACACGUCUAAGACCUUUAUUGGGCACUCAAAAGACGUAUUAUCGGUAGCAUUUUCUUCCGAUAAUAGGCAAAUCGUUUCUGGAUCUCGAGACCGCUCGAUAAAGCUUUGGAAUACUCUCGGCCAAUGCAAACAUACCGUCACGGAUGGCCAUGAUGGUUGGGUCAGCUGUGUUCGCUUUUCUCCGAAUAUUUCUAACCCAAUUUUUGCGUCGGUUGGUUGGGACAGAAAUGUUAAGAUAUGGAAUUUGGGCAACUGUUCACUCGUCAGUACCCUCAAAGAACAUACUGGAUACAUCAAUGCUAUCACCAUAUCCCCGGACGGAUCUAUAUGCGCAUCCGGCGGCAAGGAUGGGAACGCCAUCAUAUGGGAUGUCAAUGAAAAAUCCUCCCUCUACUCUCUAAACAUCGGCUCUAUCAUCAACACACUUUGCUUCUCACCCAAGAGAUACUGGCUUUGCACGGGUACCGACUCAGGCGUCCAAGUAUUUGACUUAGAAAGCAAAACGAAAAUUGCCGACUUAAGCCAUGCGUUCCCUGACUUCAAAUCAAAAAAUCAAAAAACGGCUUGCACCUCCCUUUCUUGGUCUGCAGAUGGCAGUAUUUUAUAUGCGGGAUAUACCGACGGGUGCAUCCGCGUAUGGGGUACCAACUCUGGCUACUAAAUCAUGUCAUUUCCUGCGCAAAUGAGAUAUGUUGGUGUCACUUAUCUACUAUGCCUUUUUUUCACUCUACUCGCCAAAAAAAAUAUAACACCUCAUCGUCCACUCGCUU